AUGAAAAACUAAGUUGGCAGCACUGAGGUAAACUUUAGUAAAAUUUUAAAAUGUAAAUUUGUCACGUCACAAUCUACAAUCGACUGAAAGUUUGUUUACCUACUUAUUACAAGUUAAAUACAUUUUAUUAUAGUCAUAAAAUGACGUAACAUAAUAUAAGUAAGUAGCAGAUUAUAAGAAAUAUAAACAUUCCACAUCACAACUGAGUUUUCUGUGAUUAUAUGAAUCAUGGCCGGAGCCCCAGUUAAAUUCGGAACUAUUUUAUCUUUCUGUGUAUUAUUUUAUGCCGUUUAUUUUCGAAGAAAUGAUGUCGGCGAUAUCAGAUUGUCACCAGUGAAGGACCAAUUAUUAAAUUUAGAGAGCAAUAACAAAGUAGCCAUUGGCAAUUUACAGCCCAAGGUGGCAUUAGGUUAUGGUGCCUGUCACGAUCUUUUUGUGAAUGCUACGCAACUGUUAAACUUCAAUGAACUUAAAGGUACCCCAGAACACUUCAAUGAAAUAUCUAACAAAGAAGAAUUCCUGAAAAGUUUUGCAUACUUCUUCAAACACGGUGCAGCUGCAGAGAGAUUUAUGUCAAAUUCUGAACUGUACGAUGAACUUAUAGAAAAAGCUCUGAAAUUACAUGACACAAGAUGGGCAAUCGGUGGAAAUGCUCCACUUAUGGCAAAGAGAUUCUUUAUGGAAGGGUGGAAAGUGCUAUUUGCUGCUAAGAUGAGCCAGAAGCUCAAAUCUUACAUUCCAAAUGAUAUUCAAAUAGUGGGUGAUGAAAUGAAUGAGGAAGUCAAAGAUGAUAUUCAUAUGAUAUUAGAAUACAAAGCUGAUGAGAUAUUUGGUUCAUAUAAAGCUCCCAGAGCGAACAGAUAUAUUGUGCAUAAUGAUGAGAAUAAUCCACUUUUGAGUUCCUUAGAGAAAUUCGGGGAGACCUUACCUAAAUUUAAUCCUAACUUACUAGUCAUUAGUGGUCUGCAAAUGAUGGAUAAUUAUCCAUUUAAAAGAGAAGGCCACCAAGAUUUAAGAGCAGAAAGACUUAAAUUGGUAAAAGAACAAAUUUUAUCUCAACCUGCAACAACUCUGACACACUUUGAGAUGGCAAGCUAUGUGGACCUAGAAUUGCUUUUACAUCUCACAUCUAAGGUUUUGCCUUAUGUAGACUCUGUUGGCAUGAAUGAACAAGAACUAACUAAUUUGUGCAGUAUACUUGAACAUGGAGAAGUAAGUAUUGUGGCAGAUUCUAAUCCGAGGGUUGCUACAGCAUUAGACCAAAUGCGUAAAAUAUUCCAUUUAAUAAGGGAGAAAAAUAAGAUACAUGGAAGCAAUAGAAUAUUGACGCGCAUACAUGUACACACAUUGGCUUACCAAGCUAUCUUAACAGUUAAAAAUUCAAACUGGAAAAGAACAGAAGCUGCUGCUGCGAAAGCAUCACUGACCGCACAUAGAUAUGUGUGCAAUAAUCAGAAUAUAGCUUUAGAUAAGUCAAAAUUAUUGCUUGAUGACAGUUUUUCAACCACUACUGAUAAUGAAAACAACAGUAGAGUGUUUUUUGAGCCCUCAAAGCCUGUAUCUUGUUGGGAUGAAGUUGUUCAUAGAGAAUCAGUAGAGAUAUGUGUUGCACCAGUACUUAUUUGCACUGAAGCACAGCUCACAGCUGGAGCAGGUGAUAACAUAUCUGCUGCGGGAUUAGUCUUACAAAUUGAGAAAUAAAUAAGCUUUUAAUCAGAUCAAAAUUAUGUGAACAAUAAAGUAUGUAUAUUUUUAUGUUUUAUGAUAAUAAUAUUUUUUUGUCACUAUUUACUAUAGUCAUUCCAUUAUAUGAAGCAUGUGAUUUAAAUUUUUUACUUUUGUGCCAUUUCAAUGUAUAAUUUUAUGUAAUCAUAUUGGCUCACUACACAAGUACAAGUUAAUAAAGAAAUAUUUUAAAUGUUUAAACUUUUAACCUUUAAAGCUUACUGUUUAUUUAUUUAUUAUUAGGGAAUGGACAAGCAUUUGGUUAAGGAUAUUUUACAUUUUCUGAACCAAUAAUUACGUAUGGUCUCUUGGUUAUUGUUUUAAAUAUAAAAAUGUUAAAAAAAAAAACAAAAGCAUUUUUAUUUAUAUGUUAUAGAAAUGAAAGAAAACAAUUUUCAAAUUGAUAUAGUUGUGUAUUAAAGCUAUAAACCUACAGUAUUCAUUAUUAAAAUAAUGAAUAUGCAUGUUACCUUACAUUAGUGGUACCUACAUUAUUUUUUCACUUUGUAUUUUUAAUUUAAGCCAACUAAUUCUUAACUUGAAACUGGAAAAUUCCAGAUUGAUGUUUCAUAAGCUGACAAUUGGCUAGAAGCAUCUAUGUGAAUGCAAUAGUA